AUGGCGGCGAUUCUGUCAACAACUGCUGCACAGCACGUCGCAAGUCUUUCGAAAGAAAAAGGGAAGCAAAGUCUCCUAAAACACUUAGGAUGGCAGCCCUUCAAUGCAGAGCUGGCUAUGCGCCAUGAUAUCCAUUUGGAUUUCCUUUAUGAGUGCCUUAUGUUUGCUGUUGAGAAGGGCUUUUCCUGGGACCAGGUGUGUGCAGCUGUGGACUUCUCCGAACAACUGUUACAGGAAUCUAUAGGUAAAAGUCUUCCAGAUACAUUGGAAAUAUUCAAACAGAAAUCAGAAGAACUGGGCUUUGUUUUAGCUACAAGAAAUUACAAAGUUUAUGCAGAGUAUGUGUUUUUGACAUUCAUGAGGCAAUACAGAUUAUUCCAAUAUGUAUUUACACAUGAUCGUGAGAGUCGGGUACCCAAUGUCCAACUAGAGAUUCAUACACCUCCAUCAUCGUGCUCAGAAGCCUUAAAGACAGCCAAAGAAAAACGUAUUUGGGAAUAUAAUCAGAAGUAUGAAGCAGUACAACAAAGGGAGAGAGAUUGUGCGGAGCAGAGGGCUGCUAAGCGGGAGAUUCAGGCUGCAGAAGCUGGUAAACAGAAAGAGCAGAUGAUGAAAAAAAUUACAGAAAGUCAGGAACAACAGCCAUUAAAUAAAGAGAAAGUAGGAGAAAUAAUCCGAGAGGUUUUACAAGCACAUACCAGUGCAUUGUUGGAUAAGAUGAAAAACAACAUAAACGACAUGAAAGAGGAUCUGGAACUUAAGCUGGAGAAGACAAGCAUUCCUCGUCCUGCUAACAUGGGCCAGCCUCCAAGAUUCAACACGAAACCGAAAACACCAGCAGUGACUCCUGUGAGGAAACCUAAAAGUCCUAAGGAAGACCGAAAAAAGUCAGCAGGGUCUAGUAGAAGCAGGAGUAGGGCCUCCAAAUCCUGAUACCAUCUCCCAACGAAAGACAGGAUUUAAGAUAUGCUCACAACAAAUGUAGAUAUUCUGUAAUAAAUGUUGCAAUACAGACUUUAUUCAGUCAUUUUGUGAUGAACGAUGGAUCACAAAUCGUGCUUGGUUGACAUUUCAAAAUCAUAUUUCAAUUAAUGAAAAUUAGGUUACCACCUACAUUUGAGAUGCUUGUGCUUAGGUGGGCUCAUCCAUUUUUACAUUUAGUUUCUGCAAGGAACAAUAAGUCUGAAUGGGAUUUUCUAGAAGAUUGUUUUCGCUUUCUAGAAAAUUAACAUAGUUCAGACUAACCACCAAUAAAACAUUCUCUGAUUUUAACAAUUCCUAACAUGUAUUUGAAAAGCAGCAGAUUUGUGUGUCGGUCAUUCAAGUUGAAUUGGAUAAUACAUGUCCAUUGUCAGGGGUGAUUUAUGUGUCUGUGAAUGCUAUAUUUAUAUAGCCUAAAUUGUUAAAAUUACAUGUCAUAAACUAUUCCAAAUAUUUUUUGUAUUUUGUAGUUAGCAAUAUCAUAAAACUUCAAUACAUUAUGAAAAUGC